UGAAUGUUUCUUGGAAAAUCAAUCACAAAAGAAGAAUCCAAGUUUCAUUUGGAGCAUCUGUUACAGGAAUGAAAAUAAGCAGAGUUCCCAUAAUCAGGAUACUUUUUCCUCAACAUCUUCUCUCCCGUUAUUAAAAUCAGCCACAGAUAGAGAUUUGGAAACACGGAAAUUGCUCGGAAACCAAUCCAUAGACGCAUCUUGCUCAAAUAAAACCGAACCUUUCAGUCAAUACUUUCACACUGACAGUAAAGAAAAGGAUGAAAAUAUUUCCUUGACAAAAUUGCCAAAUGUAUAG